AUGCUUGUACCAGGGUUGGAUGAGAACUUACUUAGUGUGGGUCAGAUGGUAGAACAUGGCUAUUAUCUGGUUUUUGGAAGUUCAAUGGUGGAGAUAUUUGAUGACAAGUCAAUGGAAAAUCUGGUGGCAAAGGUUUCCAUGAUAGGAAACAGAUGUUUUCCACUCUCACUAAAAUAUGCAAGCUCUGUGGCUAUGAAAGCAACAAUUGAAGAAUCCACUUGGUGUUGGCAUAGGAGGUUUGGUCAUUUGAAUAUGCAAAGUUUGAAGUUGUUACAACAACAGGAGCUGGUCUAUGGACUGCCUGAUAUUAGCAAUGCAGACAGAAUUUGUCAAGACUGUGCAAUUGGAAAAUCUCACAGAAGGCCUUUGGUAAAGAGAAAACUUGGAGAGCUUGUGUACCUCUGGAACUGGUUCAUUCAGAUGUCUGUGGACCAAUGCAAACUACAACAAUAG